AAUUAUGACAGUAUAAGCAGCUGCGCUGAAGCCGCUCCUGUGUUGGCGAAUGUCUCCAUGAUCAUCUUCAACCCCGGAGCGUUCAUCGACGUGAUCAAGUGCGCGUGUACGGACACGUUCCAAUCUGUGUUUCCCCAGUGUGCCGAUUGUUUCGAGAGGACGAACCAAACGGACGUUCUCGACACCCCCGACCUCCCUUCCGUUGUGAGCGGGAUGCGACAGGUCUGCUCGCUUGCCAGCGCACUUCUCGGAAACGUCUCCGAGACAGACGGUGAAGUCUCGUCUUCGUCCUCUGUUGCU